UAUGAGAAAUUAGCGUAUCAGCACGCGAAAGUGAAAAAUUUAAGAAAGAAAAAAGAAACAACACAACCACACAACCAACCGGUCGACGGCUGGUGGCUGGAACAAGCACGGAAUUUUCGCUACUAUAAGACUUCUGCCAAGUUCGCCUAGUGUGCAGUAGGUGAAUUACUUCUGCUGCAAUGGCUGUUGCCAAAGCCAUGAAGAGCCUCAAAAGCCCUGGGCAGAAAUUAAAAUCUCUCAAGGGUAAAGAGCCUGUUGCCAAAGCCAUGAAGAGCCUUAAGAGCUCUGGGCAGAAAUUAAAACUGCUCAAGGGUGAGGAGCCUGUUGCCAAAGCCAAGAGCCUCAAGAGCCCUGGGCAGAAAUUAAAAUCGCUCAAGGGUGAGGAGCCUGUUGCCAAAGCCAAGAGCCUCAAGAGCUCUGGGCAGAAAUUGAAAUCACUAGAGGAUAAAGAGCCUGUUGGCAAAGCCAUGAAAAGCCUCAAGAGCGCUAGGCAGAAAUCGAAGUUGUCCAAGGAUGAAGGGCCUACCAAACCGAUGCUGAAGAGUCCCAAAGAGAAAAGUGUGGUAACUCUGAAUCAAUUGCCGACUGUAACCAAUGCUCCUAAAGCAGCAUCCAAGACUCCUAAAGGGACGUCUAUUGUAGCCAAUACUGCGAAAGGAACAUCUAGUGUGGUGGCCAAGACUGCCAAAGGAAUGUCCACUUCAGCCCAGAAUCCAAAAGGAACAUCCACUGUAGCCAAGACUGCUAAAGGAACGUCCACUGUAGUAGCCAAGACUGCCAAAGGCAAGUCUUCUGUAGCCAGAAAUCCAAAGAGAACGUCCACCGUAGCCAGUACUCCGAAAGAAACAUCUACUCAACAGAGUCCAGUACCAUUUCGCAGGAAGCGUAGAUCAGUGAGAAGGAAGAAAACUUCUAAGUCUCUAGAUAGAACUCGUAAGGUCUCUGAGAAACCCAUUAAGCAAGUACGAAGGAAAAAAAACCCAAAUCCUUUACGUGGCGGCAACAUGAAGAUAGUUCGCAUUCGUAAUAUAAAAUUCAUGAACCCAGCUAACAUAUCCAGAAUUCGGGACCUUCUGGCACAUCGCGGUGAAAUUACUGAAAUAACAAAAUUGAAGAAGACUCUAGCAGUGCACUUCAAAACGGCUGAGGAAGCACGUGCUGCAAAGUUAAUGGAUGGUGUUCUAUUUGAUGGUCAGCCCCUGAUAAUCAAGCACGUUGAUGAAAGUAAAUUUGCCACCACUGUUGCUCAGAAAAAAGCCCAGAAAAGGAGAAAGGGACCAGAAAGUCAGUCGUCAUUAGAAACUGCAGCAAGUGCCAACAUCCUCAGUGCACCCAAUCUGGAGUUGAUUGUUCCUGCCAAGAAACAGAAGACAAGUGAUAGUGCAGCCAAAGCACAGAAAAUAGAAGAUGACAAUGAAGAUGAUGAUGAGGAAGAUGAUGGAGAUGAUGAGUAUGAAUCUGGAGAUGAAGAGGAUAAUGAUGAUGAAGAAGAGGAUGAUGAUGAAGAAGAAGAUGAAGAUAACGAUGAUGAUGAAGAUGACGAUGACGAUGAUGAUGAUGAUGAGGACGUCAGUGAGGAAGAUGAAGAUGAAUGAAGUACUGAUAAGAUUUUAUUUCAUACUUUCAUUUCCUAAUGUGGUGGUUUUCCUCCAGUCUCUUACAAAUUAGGUUUCAGAAAGACAGCCACAAAUUUUGUAGAAAUUAUAUCUUGUUAAAAAUUAUGAACUAAGGCAAUAUGCUUAAAGCAAUUGUCCACAAAAUUGAAUGCAUGCCCUGCAGUCCGUUGCGCACGCGCAGUGUCCUAGCAAAAUUGCAACGUCCACCUUCUAUUCGGACAUUUUAUGAAAGAAGAUAUAGACUUGUUUGCAAAUUUGACUACAUGAAACUUUGUUUCUUAUUUAUGAAAGUUAAUUAUUUUUUUAUAGAUGUAUGUAUACUGAAAUGAAAUGUCCUGUUACAUUUUAAAAUAAAAUCUAAAUAUGCCCUCG